CGCUAUUCUAUUUUCUGGUUUUAGCUGGCGCGGCGUCGUCUGUUGUUAUGCAGAGUUUCUAUCAUCUGUGGUGUUUUGUUGCAUGCAGAGUUUCUAAUGGUGUUGUGAUAUCCUACUGAUUCAUUGCAGGUAUUUAGGUACCUUGUGUAUGGUAGUCCAACAUUUAACCAUGGAGACAUGUUCAUCACCAUGAACUAACCAAGGCAAAGACAUCAAAGGCAAACGCUACCUUAUCCAUCACCAUGGCAGACCUGAAGGAAGACUGGAUCGAUUUUGGCAAAUUGGAGAAGGAACUUGAUGCGGCUGUGGAGAAAGACGCUCGAUACUGGCGAGAGAACGACGCCAAAUUUCGUGCUGUGGACCAGCGGGUUGAGACGUAUGAACAGUUUAGGGAUAUAGUGAAAGCUGCUCACAUCAAACCGUUGGACAAGAAGGACAAGAUUGGGGAAGGGAAACGCAACCAACCGUGGAACCCUUACACCUCAAAGACGGCAGGUGCAGAGCCUCCCAAAUCUGAGGACUUCUCACGAAAGGAAUCCAGCAGUCUCCCCAAGACCAGCCACGAAUUCACGCGAGAUUGGAAAUCGCGCUGCAAAACACCCAGCGAGAAGUACCACUUACUCAUGAGUCUCGGAGGCGAGCAACUGGGUCACAUUUUUAGAGCCGAGAUAGGCUUUGGUCUCCUAGGCGACUUCGUAACAGUGAUGAACAAGGAGUUCCAGGGGAGCAAUUUGCAUUGCAUUGUGGGUAUCCUUGGGAGUCUGGCGAGAGCAAACCGGUUUGGGCUGUCGGUGGAUUUCCUAAGCAAAACAGAAAGACAAGAGUGUGUGGAGUUGUUUCAGAAACUCCAACAAGCUUCCGAGGUUCAGGAGGAAAGUUCAGCAACUGCAAAUGUCCCAAGCGAUUCCAGAGCUGAAGAAGUGCCUUCAGAGACAGCAGUAAGUGCUGAACAUCAGCUGCAUCAAACGUUUAACGAAGGAACUGACACUGUUCAGGAGAAACUCACUUCACUGAGAGAAGUUUACAAGUUAUGAGACAAGUAAUUCAACAGUUUUUAAAGAUGAGUCGUGUUUAAAGCUAUGUUCCAAGAGAUUGGAAUUGCAUUUAUUUCUGUGUAAAAGUUUGCAUCGUCAACCUGCUCUCUCUACCUUGGGCAGCACAGGUCACAAACCACUUGCACAUAGCGCCCUCAAUAGGCCAGGUUUUGUUACUGAUUUCAGAGAAGAUGAAAGUGAAAGGCAUCACAGAACAAAGGCCAGUCCUUAGAGCCCUUUUAGCAAGAGUCAGGUUUGAGGAUUCAAAGUUGCAAAUGUUUAUUCAUUGUGAGUAUAGCAUGAAUAUGCAAAACAGCAUGUACAUAAUUUGAAAACUCAACUAUUUUAUUGCCUUGGUAAUAUAUGCCAUACUGAUUGUGCCACGCUAUGGAUUGCCAAUAGCCAUGAGCCAUAAUGACGUCACGCUUUGUUUACAUGUGCACUUUCUUGUGAGAGCCAGGUAGAGAUGAGAGCCACCUAGCUCCCAUAGGAAAGCAGAUCAUGACGUCAUUAUGCCACAGGUUUAUUUGGCAAAUUAAUGGCAUCUAGGAUCAUUUGCAUUUAUCCCAAAAGUAACCUACCAAAUUAUUAU